AUGGAAGAGACCUAUUUAGAGCUCCAAACAUGGGUUAAGCAAGUGCGAGACGUCGCUCGUGACAUCGAGGACGUUCUUGAUGAAUUUAUGCUUCGCUUUGCUCGUCACCAUCAGCGUGGAAUCUGUGGAUCUAUUUAUAAAAUUCAUUAUCAAAUUAAGAACAUGAAAGCUCGUUAUCAGAUUCCUUAUGAGAUACAGGACAUCAAAAGCAGAGUCGUCGAAAUUGCAGAGAGACGCAAGAGGUAUGAUCACAAACUCUGUACCUCUGAGCAAGGCUCAAGCUCUAAUACUACCAAUAUGGCAAUCAAUGGAGGAUGUUAUGAUCGACGAGGUGAUGCACCUCUACUAGAAGAAGCUGACCUUGUUGGCAUCGACAAGCCCAAACAACAACUCCUUGAUUGGGUCAUUGAUGGUGAUUCUCCACUCAAAGUGAUUUCGGUGCUUGGAAUGGGGGGUUUGGGAAAAACCACCCUGGUGAAGAAGGUUUACGAGGAUACGGAAGUGAAGAGACAUUUCCAAAACCAUGCUUGGAUCACGGUGUCCCAACCAUUUAACAUCAAAGAGAUCCUAAAAGACUUGAUUCAACUACUCUUCGACGAACUAAAACGGCCUCUCCCUCAGAGGUUGGAAACCAUGGACGACAAUAAGAUGAAAGCAGUGGUCAAAGAGGUCCUCCAAGAAAGCAGCCGUGUGCUGCGCACAACACGUAUUGCCAAUAUUGCUUCUACCUCUUGUAGAGGAUUCCAUGGUAACAUCUAUGAAAUGAAGCCUUUGUCUCCAGAAGAGUCUUGGAUUCUGUUUUGCAAAAAGACAUUUCAAGAGAAGGAUUGUCCUCGACAUUUGAUUGAACUUUCAGAAAGAAUCCUAGGAAGAUGUGAUGGCUUGCCAUUGGCAAUUGUGGCGAUUGCUGGUGUGUUGGCUUCAAAGGACUACAACAGAAUAGAUGAAUGGGAGUUGGUGAAUCGCAGCCUUGGUGCUGAAGUAGAAGGCAGCGAUAUGAUGAAAAUAUUGUUGCUAAGUUACAAUGAUUUGCCGUACUAUCUAAAGUCAUGUUUCUUGUAUUUGAGCAAUUUUCCAGAGGAUCAUUUGAUCGGAUGGAUGAGCUUGAUUCGGUUAUGGGUCGCAGAAGGAUUUGUGGAAGUAAAACAUGGAAAGACCCUAGAGGAAGUCGCUGAGGCAUACAUCUAUGAGCUUCUUAAUAGAAGCUUGAUUCAAGUAGCGAAGAGAGGGAGAGACGGAAGGAUCCAGAGUUGUCGUGUACAUGAUCUUCUGCGUGAAAUUAUUGUUUCAAAGUCAAUAGAUCAAAACUUUCUAGCAAUAACAGGUGCAGGAAAUCUGAGCUGGCUUUCUAAA